ACUGACGUCAUCACAGUGAGUCGGUGGUUCAUUCAUGUAGUAGUGGCGCCAGUGCAGCUCGCAGCGAUAAUCAGGGCUGACGUUUGGUUAUAAGGCUUAGAAGAUGAUGGAAGAGAGCGUGAUUGAGACGACACCUCCUGCUAGUCCUGCACCUCCUCUGACUGCGGCUGCUGCUGUCAGCUCGCCACCAAUGACCACAGGUCUGUCGACUCCUCUGUCCCUGGCAGGCAGCAGCUCCAUCAGUUCCGCCUCAGUCUCCACCACAGUCCCAACUGUUCCCUCCCUCCCUGCCUUCAGUAGUCCUGUGCCUGCCUCCCUUUCCUCUCAGUUUCCUCCUCCCUCCUCACUCACCGCUCCAUAUCCAAGUCAUUCUCCCUUUCCUCCCUCCACCUCCCCCUAUUUCUCUCCUCUGCCGUCCACCAUCAGAUCACCUAACCCCCCAGUUCCUGGCGUGUUGGCUCCUCCUGUUGGCCCGCCCAUAUCCAGCUUCUCCAUGAGUGCCGGGUACGAUAUCACGCGGGGUCACGCUGGUCGAACACCGCAGACACCACUGAUUCAAACCUUCUCCAGUCCUUCCAGUGUGCCAGGUGUCAUGUCCACCACCAUGGUCCAGCAGCCAGUCACGACAGGGGGAUUAAAUGCUGGAUCUCCCAUCACUUUCCCAGAGGAGCAAGGAGAUCCCAGAGUGUCUGCAGACAUGGGCACUGGUGGAGGCAUCUGGGGCUUCAUCAAGGGAGUCGCUGGAAACCCUGUAGUGAAAACCGUCCUGGACAAAACCAAGCACUCUGUGGAGUCCAUGAUCACCACUCUGGAUCCCGGCAUGGCUCCGUACAUCAAGUCUGGUGGCGACAUUGACAUAGUGGUGACUUCAGAUAGAGAAAUGCAUCUGGAGGCAGUCAGAGAGGCCUUCCAGGAGGUUUUUGGGAUGGCCAUGGUCACUGGAGAGCCUGGUCAGUCCAACAUCGCCCCACAGCCCGUGGGCUAUGCCGCUGGGAUUAAGGGGGCUCAGGAGCGCGUCGACAGUCUACGUCGGGCUGGUGUGCUCCAUGAAAAACAGCCAGUGGUGUCAUUGGAAAGCUUCAUCGCUGAGCUAUUUCCUGACAAGUGGUUUGACAUCGGCUGCUUGAUCCUGGAGGAUCCCAGUUACAACAUCCACAUUGAGGUCUUUACUCAGGCAACUCCUCUGGCUCUAGAUUACGUCCAACAGGCUCAGUCCCUGACCCCACCUGACUAUAGUCUGCGCUGGUCAGGUUUGAUCAUUCCAGUGGGUGAGGUCCUGGAACGCAGCCUGCCCAACAUCAACAAAACAAACUGGCAUCAGGCGAUGACGGGCAUGAGCCAGCGCCAGAUGAUCCAGAGUGCUGCCAAAGCCCUGGCUGGAAUCUACAAACAGCAACUGCCACCCAGAACUGUGUGAGGCUGAGCACUUCCACAAUUUGUCACACACUGGGAAACAAGUGGAAGAGACUCGGUGGAGGAAAAAAAAAAGCCUCUCGUGUUCCUAUGGGACAAAGCCAAAUGCACAUUAUUUUAAACGGUUUUGAUGUUUACUGACAUUCCAGCAUGUCAGCUGAGUUUUAGAAACACCGUCAUUCACAUCAAUCAAAGAGAAGAUUGAAUUAUGAAAUCUCUUCAUUCUCUUCCUUUUGAGGUUUUCACAUUAUCUAUGUCAUAAUCAUGAAUUGUAAGUCGAAAUGUGUCCUCUUUUGUUUAACGCUUACGGCUGGAGACUAUAGACCAAUCUGGCCUCUGAUUUGCUACUUUUAAAUAGUAGUUUGAUAACUGUUGUGACUAUAACCAGGUUAUACUUUAGAAAAUGACACGUCAGCACCAACAAGUUUCAAUAAAGAGAGUAUUGUGUAAUACA